AUGGGCCAAGGGGACGAGAGCGAGCGCAUCGUGAUCAACGUGGGCGGCACGCGCCACCAGACGUACCGCUCGACGCUGCGCACGCUGCCCGGCACGCGGCUCGCCUGGCUGGCGGAGCCCGACGCCCACAGCCACUUCGACUAUGACCCACGCUCCGACGAGUUCUUCUUCGAUCGCCACCCGGGCGUCUUUGCGCACAUCUUGAACUACUACCGAACGGGCAAGCUGCACUGCCCAGCCGACGUGUGCGGGCCUCUCUACGAGGAGGAGCUGGCCUUCUGGGGCAUCGACGAGACCGACGUGGAGCCCUGUUGCUGGAUGACUUACCGACAGCAUCGAGACGCCGAGGAGGCUCUGGACAGCUUUGGCGGGGCGCCCCUAGACAACAGCGCCGACGACGCGGACGCCGACGGCCCUGGCGACUCGGGCGACGGCGAGGACGAGCUGGAGAUGACCAAACGAUUGGCGCUCAGUGACUCUCCAGAUGGCCGGCCCGGCGGCUUCUGGCGCCGCUGGCAGCCGCGCAUCUGGGCGCUCUUCGAGGACCCUUACUCAUCCCGCUAUGCGCGGUAUGUGGCCUUUGCCUCCCUCUUCUUCAUCUUGGUCUCCAUCACCACCUUCUGCCUGGAGACCCACGAGCGCUUUAACCCCAUCGUGAACAAGACAGAGAUUGAGAAUGUUCAGAAUGGCACCCAAGUACGCUACUACCGGGAAGCAGAGACAGAAGCCUUCCUCACCUAUAUUGAGGGCGUCUGUGUGGUCUGGUUCACCUUUGAGUUCCUCAUGCGUGUCGUCUUCUGCCCCAACAAGGUGGAAUUCAUCAAGAACUCGCUCAAUAUCAUUGACUUUGUGGCCAUCCUCCCCUUCUACCUGGAAGUGGGCCUAAGCGGCCUGUCCUCCAAGGCUGCCAAGGAUGUCCUGGGCUUCCUGCGUGUCGUCCGCUUUGUUCGUAUCCUGCGUAUCUUCAAGCUGACCCGCCACUUUGUGGGCCUGCGGGUCCUGGGCCACACGCUUCGUGCCAGCACCAACGAAUUCCUGCUGCUUAUCAUCUUCCUGGCCCUGGGUGUGCUCAUCUUCGCCACUAUGAUCUACUAUGCAGAGAGGAUAGGGGCCCAGCCCAAUGACCCCAGCGCCAGUGAGCACACGCACUUUAAGAACAUCCCCAUCGGCUUCUGGUGGGCUGUGGUCACCAUGACAACGCUGGGCUAUGGAGACAUGUACCCGCAGACGUGGUCCGGCAUGCUGGUGGGAGCCCUGUGCGCCCUGGCAGGUGUGCUAACCAUCGCCAUGCCUGUGCCAGUCAUCGUGAACAAUUUCGGGAUGUACUAUUCCUUAGCAAUGGCUAAGCAGAAACUACCAAAGAAAAAAAAGAAGCAUAUUCCUCGGCCACCGCAGCUGGGAUCUCCCAAUUAUUGUAAAUCUGUCGUAAACUCUCCACACCACAGUACUCAGAGUGACACAUGUCCGCUGGCCCAGGAGGAAAUUUUAGAAAUUAACAGAGCAGAUUCCAAACUGAAUGGGGAGGUGGCGAAGGCCGCGCUGGCGAACGAAGACUGCCCCCACAUAGACCAGGCCCUCACUCCCGAUGAGGGCCUGCCCUUUACCCGCUCGGGCACCCGCGAGAGAUACGGACCCUGCUUCCUCUUAUCAACCGGGGAGUACGCGUGCCCACCUGGUGGAGGAAUGAGAAAGGAUCUUUGCAAAGAAAGCCCUGUCAUUGCUAAGUAUAUGCCGACAGAGGCUGUGAGAGUGACUUGACCAGGCGGCUUGGCCGAGGACACUGGUGGCUAUUAAGCAUCUGGGUGGACCUGCAGCCCCUCCUCACCCUCGGACAGAGUAAAUUCACGCCACGCAGGUUUGCCGGACGAGUCCGAGUGGCCCAGGCAUUGUACUAGGACGGACGUAGCUUUUUCUACGGCCAAAUGGUAACUGACCGUAGAGGAUUUCUUUUCCUUCUUUCCAUUUUUUUUUAAAGUUUUAUUUUAUUUGGGGGAAUGGGGUGGAGGGGUUCCUUAGCAUGACUUGCAUGAAGUUAAACAGAAAACCCAGAGAAACCAAACCCACCAACACCCUGCAACUGUAUGAUUACUCUAAACAACAACACUAACAAAAAGAAGAAACAAGAAAAGAAAAGAAAAAGUCCUAUAUUUUCUUUCAGAGCUCUUUACUUUUACACACAUUGUUGGAGCCAAACUGUAAUGGCGUGCGUUAGAAACCUGUACGUUUCUGGGAGUGAGGGCCGGGGAGGAAAAACAGGGAUGGGGAAUGGAUUGCAUCCUCUCUUUUUUUUGUAUACAAGAUCAAGAGUAACAGUUCUAAAAAGGGCAGCUGGUCAGUCAUCGGUCAUAUUGACCUCACCUCCAUAGUUCAUCUCUCAUGUGGAAACCAAGAACUUUGCUCCAAAUAGAAUCGUGGAAACUCGCACUGCUGUCUUCUUCCCUCUGUUUGGCAUGCUUGUGACCCAGCGGACAUUUCCCCAAGAUCCCUGACAGCGGUUAGUUUAGGUUGAUUCUCUCAUCUUAGCAGUUUUGUAGAUCCAGUGUGACCAACUUUCAUAACCAACUGUUCAUAGUAAAUAAUCAACACCGUAUGGAUUCUCCAAGUGUUAUUUAAAACCAGGAUGUAGAGCACCAAAAGUUCAGGACCAUUGGAGGGGCAACGUCCUCCAUCUUCAUUAAGGUACAACUUGGCAUUGUAUGCGAUUUAGUUCUUCAGAGUA